AUGAACAUGAAGGGCACGGCCAUCGUCUUGGCUGUGAUAAUCUGUGCUACAGCUGUUCAAGGCUUCAGUAUGUUCAAAAGGGGGCGCUGUUUUUGCAUAGACCCCAGAGCGAAGGCAGUCAAGCUGGCAGAUAUAGAGACGGUCUCUGUAAUUUACCCGAGUAACGGCUGUGACAAAGUUGAAGUGAUUAUUACCCUGAAAGGACACAAACGGCAAACAUGCCUGGACCCCAAAUCAAAGCAAGCACGCUUAAUACGACAGGCAAUAGAAAGAAAGAAGUUUUUAGGACACCAAAACAAGUCCUGA